GUCAUUUUUUAAGACACAACACAAUUCUGACAAGUCCGAGUCGAUGAAUGUUGUUGUUAUUUUCUAAUUCAUAAUUUAUUUAUUUAAAGGCAGCAAGAAUGGGACUGAAAACGAAAAGUAUGCAGAAAAUAUUUGUGUCUACUGUAGAAAAGGUGAAAAAUUUGGAGAAAAUUCUAGAGAAUGAAAGCGAUAUUUCUGUUUAUAUUUCGACUAUAAAAUCCGUAUUACACGAACAGCUUUCAAAUUUAACUGAAAAAUUUGUAUUUCUUUGCAAAGACGAUGCAAAUGAUUAUAGAGAAAUGAAAGAACAAAUUAUUACGGUAAUUGAGGAAUUUUGUACUUCAGUUGACAAGCUCAAAAUGGAAAUUGACAAGAAAAAUAACGGAAGAGAAAUUGCGGAUAUUAUUCUAAAACAAUUUGUUUCUUCUCUGGAAAAUUUAGAAAAAUUGGAAUAUUUUCCUUUAAAACAAAAUCUUCAAGAUUGUUGCAACUAUGUACAAGAUAUGGGUACAAUUAAUGAGAUCGAGGACUUUCAAAAUAUUAAGGAGCUUGGUACUUCUAUCGUAGACUUUUUUCAAGUUUUGCUAGUUUAUAAGAAAAACUUAGUGUCACAGUUUUUAAAGGAGAAACUUGCACUUUAUUUAAGUCAACUUUGCGCCGCUUUUAAAGUUCUAGUUCGGUUAAUUCAACAACAACACGAUCUGGAAGCGCCAAUAUUUAGUUGCAAAAAGUAUGUUUGCGAUCGUUUGUGCUAUUGUUUUAAAAUGAUAAUUGAGAUAUUGGAUUCCCCAAAUCCUUUACCAGAAGAAGAAGUUUCAGAGAAGGAAAAUCAUUUUGUUUAUAGAAUGGAUUUAGUACUGGAUAUAGUCAGUGGCAUGAUAGGGAAGUCAUUGAAAGAGCAAGUGGAAGAUUUAAAAGAUCUGUUCUCAGGAAUAGAAGACGUAUUUUCACACGCUAUGGCAAUUGCUCAAGUUUGUCUGCCACAGGAUUUCAAAGCAAUAAGUGGAGUUUGUCAGUCAGUUAUGUCAGAGUAUGAAAAUCUCAAGAUUCAGAUGAACAAUGAAAUCCCUGAUAUCACAAUGAUAAGUUUAUUUUUGAAUUCUCUUAUCGACGCAUUGUAUCGUUUGGAAAGAAAAGUCAAUAUUUCUGUUCUCACCUUGAUUAUGGAAGUUUUCAGCGAUCCGUUAAAUCCUUUGAGAAAAUUGAUAAACAUUUGUGGAACUAGCCUCCUUGUUGAGAAAAAAUCAAAAAAUGAUCUAAGUGAUGCUAUUGAGAGCUUUGAUCAACUCACAGAUAAAACACUACAAAUUGGCUCUUUUGCAAUUGCUUGUUGUCGAGACGUAAACCGUGCCAAUAAUAUCAAGAAUUCUUUAGCGAGCUUAGAAUCCCUAGGAAUGGAAUUAAUUCCCGCAAUCACUGAUUUUUACCUCCAUCUUGAUAAUAAAGAAAAACAUUCCAGCGUUAAACUAUUAACCGAUGAAUGGCAGACUGAAAUUAAAAAAUUUCAUAAUACAGUUUUUCUGAUCAUUGACUCAUCUGCCUACUGUCAAGUAAUUUUAGAUGAUGUUCAAGAACGCGUAAGAAUAAUGUCCGACUGUUUGGACAACAGAGAAAAAGUAACUCAACUUCAAGUCCAAGGAAUAGUUCAGAGAUCAUUGACUCUAGUGAAUCAACUUACAAUCACUGUGGAUGAUCUUGGAAAUGAUCACUUUGACAGACACACGAUAAUGAAAAUUCGAGAGCUGAAAGCUUCAAUUUAUGAAGCUGGAAUUGCGGCGAAAACUCUACUCACUGAUAAUGUGACAGAACCUCAACAAUUGCGAGUCAUCAAACGUUGUGAAAUGAUUUUGAAUGUUGUGAAAACUCUUCAACCUAUUUUACAGACGAUAAUAAACAAUUCAAUAUUAAUGAAUACCACAUGCGAGAAUCCUUGUAUGGGACAAGGUGAUACUCUCCAUUCAAGCGGUACUUCUCUACGUUUUCCUUCGAAUCUUCUCAGUUUACCUUUCGAUCACAAGUCUCCAAUUUACAUUCGAACACCUUAUACUGUCAGCAGUUUUAAGAAAUCACUGUCUAUUCAAUCCACAAAUGGCGUUCAAAAAAAUUCAACGGAUUUAAAUUCCUUGAUUCCUUAUAUAAAACGUGGUCGAAAUAUGAGAUCGGAACAAUCGAUUAUGUACAAAACUCCCAAAAGACUUGAACUUGAAAAUCAGCUAAACUCGAGAAAUUUGUCUAGUGUCAGACAACAUUUAUUCAAUAGAGAUAGUUUCAAAAGCGAUAAUUCUACUGAAUUAUUUGAUGAAAGUCUAGAUCUUACAGGUAUUUUGGAUAAAGUGUCCGGCCUUUUGGACACUUUCGACACCACUGAAAAUUCUUCCUCAACAAACAAAACCAAGUUCCACGGGAAAGAAAAGGAGGAAAGAAAUUCAAUUUUUCAGACAAAAACUGUUUCAGAGAAUAUUGAGAAUAUUGAUGUUAAUAAUCAACUGGAUUUAUUAAAAGAUGCUCUUAAUCAGAACUCAAAAAUUGAUGGAGGAGGUGACGCUUCGUCGACAAUUGAAACACCAAUACGCCUCAAGGACUUGGAAAUGUUGGAUAAAAAAAUUGAAGCUCUUCAAAAAAAUUAAUUUUAAAUAAUUGCUUUAAAUCUAUUUCUAUUAUUUGUAAUCAUGUUAAACAUUCAGAUUCAGUUUUAUAUUAAUUCACUAAUUUAGUUGAAAAAACACUACAUAUUCUUUUAUUAUGAGAUUAAAAAUAAAUAUAAUUCAUACGUUGGACUAACUAA